CUGGUGUCGAAAUUUCUUACAUUUCCAACUUAAAAUGAAUUGAAUGUCUGAAGAUAGAAGAUUCCCUCCCCCUCAGCUCUCUCACCUGUCCCCCUCUUUUCCCAUCGCUCUAGCUUACACUGAGAGACGAUUAAAAGGAGUUGACUAGCUUCAAUGCUUUCACCCAAGAAUAAAAGGAUUAUGAAGAAAACUAGGGCUUCUUCCGUGUUUGGCUUUAUAUAUUUUGCACACUUGGACUAAUUUUACAUUUGAGACCAACUGAAUGGGGAAUUGGGAAGAUAAAGACUUCUAUCACAACCUAUCUCGUAAAGAGCUUCAAGGUUUGUGCAAGAAACAUGGUCUCUCUGCUAAUAAGACAAAUUCGAAUUUGGUCAAGUUGCUGGUCUCUUUUUUUCAGAAAAAAGCUAAUUGGAGUCGAUCCUUGGAUGUUCCUGCACCUACAUCAUCUACUUCACAAUUAGAACCUGUACCAAAAAUAAAUCCUAUGGGAGAAAUCCACAAAGAUCUUGUAGGAAUGCAAGGUGUUGAUGCUUCUGAUGCUGAUAGCUGUGGGCCUUCCUCGUGUUCCAAAGAGGCAAAGGGCUGUGACAGUACACAGUCUCAAACUGUUAAUCAAAAUGAAGUGUGUAGUUCCAUUGCAGUCCAAAUGUCUAUGAAGGCAUCGGGUGAGGCUUUGAACAUGCCCAUGAAAGAUAACUCUAGUAAUGGAACUGGAGAAGGAGGGUUGGGGUAUUCUGCUUCUGACAUUCAGGUUUCUGCAUCUCACCAACAGUUCAAUGCUCAGUCUGAUACAAGUGGUUUGAAGUAUGAAAAGAACGAGUCCCUGAAAUCCAUGGGCUUAACAAUCUCUGAUCAGUAUUUGCUAGGUUCUACUAGAGAUGGUGGGUCUUCCAAUGUACCAACAAGUCAAUGUAGGAACAUAAAUUCCAGUGCUUGUUCAGCAGAGAACAAGGUUGCUUCUGCUGGGACUUCUGCAGAAGUACCUCUUAAUUCUUUCCAGUUUUAUGUGUGGUCUGAAGAGGGGAUUAACCUUCAUGUUGAUUUGAAUUCAAAUGUGACAGACUGGAUUAAAGGCUUGAAGAAUGAGGUGUGUAUUUACCAGAAAGUGCCUAGCAAGUCUCGGGUUCUUCAUCAGGAACUUAGGAGGCUGGCAGAUGGUGAUGAGCAAAUGAAAACAUUACAACUUCAGAAUAGCGAUUUAGGCCAUCAAACUGCUGGUGACCUCAUAUAUAGUGGAUCUUGCCUAAAUUCAAUUUUGAAUGAUGAAGAUCAAUUGCAGGCUGCUCAUGAAGAUGGAAUUGAUGGGUCAUUGAGGUCCUUUACUGUAAUACCAAGCAGUAAUCCUGAAGUAUCUGGGAAUUUAAAGGAAGACAAUGAAUUAUUUCCAUCUGUAUCCACUCCCAAUUCAAGUUUAAAGGUCUUAGUGGCUUCCAGUAUGGAAUCCUGCCCAAUGGAUGGAGAAGUAGUAACUCUUCAUUCAGAGCCUCCCCAUAAAGUGGCCUCUAGUUCUGUCCUGGAAACAAACUUGGAUCAACAAAAUUGCCUUGUGUCAUCUGAACAUCAUAGUUCACAGUUUGGUAGCACUUGUCCUGAAAAUUUCAAAACAGUCUGCAAUGGAAAUUCUAAUGUUUUGCAGGAAAGGAAUCUUCUAGUAUCUGGUAAAACUUGUGAGGAUUUGAUCCUACUCAAUAAUGGUAGCCUUGAGAACCCUAGUGAGGUAUGUGCUGGAUCUUCUAGUGUUUCCAUGGAAAUGCAGUUUUCAGAAGUUGCAAGUCGUGUCAAGGGUACAUCAGAUUCCCCUUUCCAGAAUUGUGGUGUGCUGGAUUUGGAUAAUCAGAUGCAAAAGGCACAUGCUGAAAAUGGCAGGUCGGUGAACUAUGAGCCUGAUCAGAGCACCUGUGGAGAUCCUCCAUCUACAUAUGCUGAAGAAUGGGAAAGAAGCAGUCCCAUAAAUGUGAGAGAGAGCUCAGAGUGUUCUCAGAUUGACAACUCAUCUGAGAGGACUUGUAAAAGGACUCAGGGUUCAGUGUUUUCCGAAGGGAUUCAGAAUAAGAAAUCACGGAAAUAUAAUGAAGGCAAAAUUGGCCACAGUAAACAUGCUGUAAAAAACUUAAGAAGUGCAAAGCAUCUAGCAAGAGAAGUCCUUCCUAGAAGAUCCUCACGGCUGGUCUCUAAGAUGCGUGUGGGUAAAAGUGAAACUCAAAGGUGGAUCUAGAUCAUAUUUUCUCUUCUUACAACUUCCAGCUGCAAGAGCUUGCCUAACAGUCAUAUGGGAAUUGUGUUUCCAUGUCAACAGCAUAGGUUCUAAAAGUUAGGGUGAUCCACCUGGUACUCAUUACCACUAAACUUUUGAAUUAAAGUUGAUUGGGGAGAUCAUUAUAAUGAUGAUGUUUGCGGCUGCUACAUUCUUUAAUGUAGAUUAUUGACCAAUGAAAUAAUCAGUUCCUUCACAUAUUAAGCCCCUAGGGAGCCAUAUAAAUUCUUUCAAUCCCAUUGUCCUUCUUGAAGUCCAUUGAACCAUCUUUAUGGUGGAUGCUGUAUUAAAUUGUACUUGGAUGACAUCAUUUUUCUGUGUUGAUUUGCAAUUCACUUUGCUUCAUCAUGAAUUUAAUCGUACAUUCAUACUGAGGAAACUCAAAGUUCUCAGAUUUACUUCAUUCUUUUCAUGUAGCCUGGAUCAUUUUUCAGAUUGAAUGUACCAAGCUAGGAUAUGCUUAUUUUCUUUCCUCUGUAAUUCGUAAUCUACAAUUUUGGAUGACAGUACUCGAUUCAUAAGUUAUGUAAUGGCUUGAUCAGAAGCUUCUCAUACAUUUCUUAGCCAAACAUUAUAUUUUA